GCACAGGCUGCGCGGGUUGAGUGCGCUCGCCGUGGGGCGGUGGGUUAUUCCCCAGCCUGGGGUCCUAGUACUUCAUCGACCUUGCGGAAGCUUGGGGUGUCCCCCACCCCUGCAAAAGCAAGACUUUACGCCGCCCGACCGUCUCUGGACCCCUGGUAGGGAAGUAUCCUCCCAGAACAAUCUAGAAGCGCCCGAGUGAGUUUGUGUUCACCAGCGUGCCCUCUAGGGAACUCCCUCAGGAAGCGGCAGCGAUGCCAGAGGGGCCAUCUGUGCGGAAGUUUCACCAUCUGGUCACCCCCUUUGUGGGGCAGCAGGUGGUCAAGACAGGUGGCAGCAGCAAGAAGCUCAACCCUGCUGACUUCCAGUCUCUGUGGCUCCAGGACACCCAAGUUCAUGGGAAGAAGUUAUUCCUUAGAUUCGAUUCUGAUGAAGAAAUUGAAUUGCCUGGCAGCAGGUCACCACCAGAGCCUCUCCAAAAAAGGAAAAAAGAGGCCAGGGAUCAGAAGCAGGUUCUGGGACCCAAGUGCCGGAAGAUUUCUGACACAUCCCUUCGGUCUCCAGAGUGCCCUGUGCCUAGUGGAGACAGCAGUGGGAGUUGUGUGGGAGGUGAUGCCCCUGCAAACAGUGCUGAGAAGUGGCUGCAGCUCAGCUUCGGUAUGUUUGGCAGCAUUUGGGUGAAUGAGUUCUCCAGGGCGAAGAAAGCCAACAAGAGGGGCGACUGGAGGGACCCCAUUCCCAGGUUGGUCUUGCACUUUGGUGGUGGUGGCUUCUUGGCAUUCUAUAACUGUCAGAUGUCCUGGGGCUCUUGCCCAGUGGUCACACCCACCUCUGACAUCUUGUCUGAGCACUUUCAUCGAGGACAAGCCUUGGAAGCCCUAGGCCAGGCACAGCCUGUUUGCUACACACUGUUGGACCAGAGACAUUUCUCAGGCUUAGGGAAUAUCAUUAAGAAUGAAGUCCUGUUCAGAGCAGGCAUCCAUCCUCUGUCACUUGGUUCGACACUUAGCCCUCCACGCCUCGAGGCCCUGCUGGACCAAGUGCUGGACUUCAGUGCCUGCUGGCUACAGGGCAAGCUCCAGAGCCAGCCACAGCACACACAGAUCUACCAGAAGGAGAGCUGCCCUGCAGGCCACAGAGUCCAGAAGGAAGCACUGGGGCCCGCAGGGGGCCUGAAGAGGCUCACCUGGUGGUGCCCACAGUGCCAGCCUCAGGAGCCCUCUGAGGAGUCCCUCAGUGAUGCACCUAUAAAGCUGCAGACCCCUAGUCCAUCUCCCCACACCUCAGCCCUUUAGGGAUCAAGAGUCAAGUGGGAAGGGGUGUGUGCAGGAUAGUGGCUAGGGGACAAGAAUUUGGGAGGCAGGGAAGACUGGGGGUGUGGUUCUGGGAAUGGUCAUUUCACUGGACUACCCUAGGGGUGGUAUUGCUCUCUUGUUUAGUUAAUUUUUCUUAGCCUUGUGGAACAUAAGAACAGUCAGACUGAUUAAAGUAGACACCUCUUGGAAAGGACAGUGAGGCAGGGAUGAUGAAAGUCCCUGGGAAACAUUCUCUCUGUGUGGUUUCUGUCUAGUGUGAAACUAUGUUAUGGGUAGUUGAAAGUCUCCUUUAAAAAAAUAAAAAAUAAAUAAAUAAAUAAAUAAAAGAAAGUCUCCUUUUGAGGGUGGGGAUAGAUAGCCUCUCAUGCCUGAGGCUCCAGAGUCCCAGGUUCAAUCCCCCACACCAUCAUAAGCCAGAGCUGAGCAGUUCUCUGGUUAAAAAAUAAAUAAAUAAAUAAAUAAAUAAAAGUCUCCUUUUGAGAAACGGAAAGGUGGAGUCAUCUGUCUUGGUUUUCUGCAGGGGCUAGAGAUGAGACUAGGAUUGCAGGGGUUGGGAGGCUGAAAUUCAACCUCUUGUCUACAUCCUUCCCAGGGUGAGGAGUCAUUGGAGGGAGAAAGGGGACCCCUUUAAUAACAAAAAAAAAAAAGCUCAUUUCCUCCUCACUGUGACAUGUUCAUGCUUGUUGCACAAGUUUGAAAUAAAAGGUUGGAGAGACACACUAUCAGGUGAGGUGUUCUCAGCUGUGAGAAACUAGGAGAGAUGUGGAAAUAAAACUUUUUGCUGCUCUUUGUUAAUCUUUCUUUGGCAUUGAGGCCUCUUGUACUCUUUGGGAAGGCAGGUACCAUAGGACCUGCUGAGUCAGCUUGGUAAUCCAUGUCAAAGGAGCAUGGCUAGGAGGAGCUAGGUUCCCACCUGCUUUGU